AGUGAUUUUCACAAGAGAGGAGUCGUCCUGGAACAGUAUAAAAGACCUCAUACCCGGCUUCGAAGGUACGGAGAAACUCGGACUUCUCAGGUGUACUAGUCUGCCAAUCAACAUGAAAGCUGUAGCAGUAAUUCUUGCUCUUGCAGUCAUUACUGGCUGCCAUGCACGAGCUGUACCUCAAGAUGCCCCAGUGUUUAAAUGGGAGGAGAUGGUGGAUCGCUUCUCCCAGUAUGUCUCUCAGCUCAGCAGCCAUGCUGAGGGUUUGGUGGAGAAUGUGAAGAGCUCCCAAAUCAGCAGAGAACUGGAAACCCUCAUCUCUGACACCAUGGAUGAGUUGAAUCGCUACAAAGAUGAUGUUGAGACCAGACUGACCCCCUACACCCAAGAUGCUGUCAGCCAGUUCAGCCAGGACAUGGACCUGCUGGUCAACAAGCUGCUGAAUGACAUGAACGAUGCCAAGGACCGUUCCACCCAAUACGCCCAGGAACUCACGACCAUGAUGCAGCAGAACGCCGACGACGUCAGGGGCCGCGUCAACACCUACAUCAACAAGAUGAGGAAGCGUCUGGGCAAAGACACCGACGCCAUCCGCAACACCGUCAGCACCUACUUAGGUGAACUGCAGUCCCGCACUUCCCAGAACGUCGAGGCUGUGAAGGACCGUUUCGAGCCCUACGUGAGCCAGGUGCGCGAUGGCGCUUCCGAAAAGCUGGGCAGUCUGGUGGAGGUGCUGAAGAGCCAGGCCCAGGGCCUGAGCACCCAGCUGGAGAGCCAGGCCGGGGGCCUCAAGGAGCAGCUGGAGCAGACGGCCGAGGAGCUGCGCACCUCCCUGGAGGGCAAGAUCGAGGAGCUGACCGAGCUCGUGUCACCCUACACCGACAAGAUCCGCGAUCAGCUGCAGGCCGUCAUGGAGAAGAUCAAGGAGGCCACCGCUGCUCUCCCGGCCCAGGCCUAAAAAAACCCUGUCGCGUGGCGUUAUCUUUCAUUUUCCAGCAGGAGAGAGAGAGAGAAAGACAGAAAAGGGAGGGAAGUUUAGUGUUACUGAUGUUCUGUCAUGCUGUUUCCAUGUUGUGGGGGAGGUUAAUAGGAGAGUGUGAAGGUGAGAACUGCACUGGAUGAAAAAAGAAUUAGCUGUCCAACCACUAUGUCUUACUCUUUCAGUAUUAACCCGCAUCUUUCGUUAUUGCACAGUAGGACCUUGUUGUAACCCAGCUUUGCUAUUCUACCUGUUGAGUUAUGAGUAAUCAAAGAUUUUAGAUGUCCUAGAUCAGUCUUUUUACAUUCUCCUCAGGUUUCUUGGCCUUUGUGAAGGGCAUUUUUUUCAACCAUGGGCCAAAUUGGCACCAUUUUUUGAAAUCCUUUCCUACUACUUUUAAAGGGUAAUCUGUACAGAUGGUGUCCUUCAUUUCAGUAUAGACCCACAAAAUGGAUUCAUUUUUAAUGACAUUCUCCUGGCGCAUUGUUAUAUGAACACCUGUUUGCAUUAGGGUGUGCAAUUUCUAAUAUCUGUACCUGUGUACCUGUGUCCUUGUUUGUCCACAGUGGAGAUGCCCUGUUGUUUAUGAUUAGAAACACUCCACAAGGUCAUAUUCUGUGUGUAUCUCUAUGACAGUAGAGCCAUGUCAAAAUAUCCCAUCAUGCUGCUCUGCUGAACCCACUGAUGAUCUGUCAUCUACACAAAAGUGUAUACAGUACUCAACUGAUCAAUAAAGACUUUUAGACACAGUA